AUGGCUCACGAUCAGCUGAGACUCAUCACGAAAGCCAUUUCCAUCUUCAUUCCCCUCGGGGUCCAGCUCCUUGGCCAAUAUCUCAGGUCAAUACACCACCGCUGGACUUAUAAGGUCGUGGAUGACGCGAAGAAUGUGGUUGUUGUAGGAGGUUCAUUCGCCGGUCUGGAGGUAGCGAAACGCCUCGCAGAGACGCUCCCAACCGGCUUUCGUCUCGUUCUCAUUGAGAAGAACUCUCAUUUCAACUACCUUUUCCACUUCCCGCGGUUCUCGGUUGUCCAGGGCCAUGAGAGGACAGCUUUUGUUCCAUUUGACAACCUCGUUACAAAGAAUGCGCCGGACGGCAUCUUCACACAAAUCCGCAGCACCGUCACAAGCGUAUCCGAUGGUCUCGUUCACCUGUCUUCGGGCGAGACGAUUGAUUUCGAAGUGCUGGUCCUCGCAACUGGGGCUUUGCAGCCUCCUCCGGCGAAAGUCGUUUCGACGGAUCGAGAGGAGGGCUGCGCAGAGUUUCGCGCAGUGCAGCAACAAAUCAAAGAGUCAACAAGCAUUGCAGUUAUAGGGGCUGGAGCCGUCGGAGUAGAGCUGGCAUCAGAUAUCAAAGACUUCUAUCCCGACAAAAAGGUCACGCUUAUCCAUUCGCGAGGCCAAGUCAUGAACCGCUUUCCAAAACGUCUUCACGAUGCGGUACUGCCGGUGCUCGAAGAGCUCGGAGUUCGUGUUAUUUUGAAUGAGCGCCCCGUCAUUCCUGGCGGUGUCAUGGGUAAGAAUGUCGUACUUACGUUCGCCGACGGUCGUGAAGAGUUAUUUGACCUUGUUAUCCCUUGUACAGGACAAAUACCAAACUCUUCUAUGCUGUCCUCGUUUCUUCCGGCAUCUAUUUCAUCUACCAACUCCCGCAUCCUAGUCGAGCCUACUCUUCAGGUAUCAAAUCCUGGCGAGAAGAAGAUCUCCUCGCCUAUCUUCGCAAUCGGCGAUGUUGCCGAGCAUGGCGGUCCCAUGAUGGCUCGCGCUAGUUUCUUCCAGGCAUUCAUUAUGGUGGCCAACGUACUCGCCGUGACAGAGGGCCGCAAGCCCUACAGGACCUACAAGCCGAGAUUGUUCAUCGAAGGUGCAAUCAAAUUGACCUUGGGAAUAUCUCGCUAUGUCGUAUACUCCAUGGAUAACGAUGGGAGCGACGUUCUGUUACCAGGUACUGAUGGGAAACUUGACCUCGAUAUUAGGAAAGGUUGGAGGCAGAUUGGAGCUGACCCCAAAGACUGUCAGCCUUAA